GAACUCCCCUGUUCUCUGGCUAGCCUCGGCUGAAGAUCUGCAAGUCAGCCAAGGCCGCCGCUUCCACCUCGUCGGUGCGGGCGGACCUAAGACGAACUGGCGUUCAGUCUCGACUUGUAGUCUGCAUCGAUCAACCUGCAACGAAUUUCUUUAGAUCUGGCAACUAAGGGCAGAAGCUAAUUUCUUCGUUGUUUUAUUUCUCAUUCCGCAUCUGACCUCCAUUCACCCAGUCAUCGAUAAUUUGGGUUUACUGCGUAUCAUCAAAGUAUUGUUCGAUUGUGCAGGCUCACCUACUUACUUUGCUCACACCAUGUCGUCUAUUGCUCGAGUUGUUCGUCCGGCGGCGAUCCGGAGGAGCCAGGCUGCCGCCUUUGCUGCUCUGUCCGCCUCGAGAAGGAGAUGUGUUGCUCCAGCCGUCCCUAGCAUGCAGCGUCUCGCCCGUACCUUCUCCAGCAGCCCCGCCCGCCGCUUCGACCUCCAUGACCUCACACCAACACCCAUCACGCACCUUUCCGAGACCGAGGCGGCAAUGCAGGAGGCGGUUUCCAAGUUCGCCAAUGACGUCGUUCUCCCCAAGGUGCGCGAUAUGGACGAGGCCGAGACGAUGGACCCCUCACUUGUCGAGCAGCUGUUUGAGCAGGGCUUGAUGGGUGUCGAAAUCCCCGAGGAGUACGGCGGCGCCGGGAUGAACUUUACUUCUGCCAUUGUUGGAAUCGAGGAGCUGGCACGUGUUGACCCCUCCGUGUCCGUCUUGGUCGACGUACACAACACACUCGUCAACACGGCAAUCAUCAAGUGGGGCUCUGCUGAGCUCAAGAAGCGUUUCCUCCCCCGCCUGGCCACCGAGACUGUUGGAUCCUUCUGUCUGAGCGAGCCGGUGAGUGGGUCGGACGCGUUUGCGCUCGCGACCAAGGCUACCGAGACAAGUGAUGGAUUCAAGAUCUCGGGCAGCAAGAUGUGGAUUACCAACUCGAUGGAGGCAGACUUCUUUAUUGUUUUCGCAAACCUGAACCCUGACAAAGGCUACAAGGGUAUCACGGCUUUCAUAGUAGAAAAAGGCACCAAAGGCUUCAGCAUCGCCAAGAAAGAGAAGAAGUUGGGCAUCCGAGCAAGCAGUACUUGUGUGAUCAACUUUGAUGACGUCGAGAUCCCCAAGGAGAACUUGCUGGGUGAGAGGGGUGCCGGCUACAAGUAUGCCAUAGGACUGCUGAACGAGGGCAGGAUAGGUAUUGCUGCGCAGAUGACUGGCCUUGCUUUGGGUGCUUGGGAAAAUGCGGCAAGGUACUGCUACAAUGACCGUAAGCAGUUCGGUCAGUUCAUUGGAGAGUUCCAAGGCAUGCAGCACCAAAUGGCGCAGUCCUAUGUGGAGAUUGCCGCAGCGCGGGCGCUGGUGUACAACGCUGCGCGCAAGAAGGAGGCUGGCGAGGACUUUGUUCGCGACGCCGCGAUGGCCAAGUUAUACGCGUCUCAGGUUGCAGGUCGCGUCAGCGGCCUGGCUGUUGAAUGGAUGGGCGGUAUGGGUUUCGUGCGCGAGGGACUGGCGGAGAAGUUCUUCCGCGACAGCAAGAUCGGCGCCAUCUACGAGGGAACGAGCAAUAUCCAGCUCAACACUAUUGCGAAGUCUUUGCAGAAGGAGUACACCUCGUAGGUCAAUGGCACUGAUUAGUUGGAGGUGGGGUGGCAGAGUUCUUCGUGAGUCCAAAGUGUGUUUUACCAUACCAUUAAACUAGAUCUACUGUAGAUGCCAAAAUCUCAGUUUCCAUGUUGGAACUUUUCCCUCC